AUGGAAACUAUAUCGUUAGAAAACCUUGCAAACCUCUCACCGGAGCUUUAUGUUCUUUCUGCCGAGGAAAGAUAUAAGGAUUUUGUGAAAUCAAUAGGAAAUAUUCCAGGGUUGGAUAACCCAAACGCGAUCUCUGAAGAAACAUUUCAUAAGAAAGAACUCUUUUCAAAGUUAAAAUUUCAAUAUUUAGAACAAGAAACAAGAGAGAAGUUUCUUCGUGGUAUAUUAGACACACCUCCAUCAUAUGUAGACCAGAAUGAUAUCGAAAAAAAAAUUAUAUCCAAUAAGGAAAUAAAGAAUGAAUUAAAGUCAUUGAAGAUUGAACUGAUUCAAGUUGAACAAACAUGUAAUGAGCUUGCAAGAGAAGUAAUAUCGCUUCAAGAAGAGUUUGAAGAAAGGGCUAGAGCCACUGAGGCCAUGCUUAUAGAAAUGGAAGACAUGGGGAAAGAACUAGUUGACUUAGCCCAUGAGAACCCAGUAAUAAAUCAAGUGAUUAGCUUACAGUCAGGAGAAGAUUUUAAUGAUAUUUCUACUACCCUUCAACAAAUAAGGAAUGAUCAAGAACAAAAUUUAUUACGAUUAAAUAAUGAAUAUGGACUUAAGGAAGGUAGAACUAUUAGCGAUGAACGUACUAUAAAUCGAUUAAAUGAGAAGUUGAAAGAUUUAGAGAAAUCAAUAGAAGGUAAUAAUGAUAUUCAAAGUCAAGAUAUAAAUGAUUCUAAACUUACAAAAGAUCAAAUAUUUGGACAAUGGGUAAAAGAAAUGAAUGACAUAUGGAGUAAAUUUUUUAUAAAUAUCAAAGAGAUUAAUGUUGCAAAUGAAAAAGAUAUAAAGGUAAUCGAGAUUCUUUUUAAUGAUAUUGAAGAUAAAGUGACGUUGAGAAUUGAUUAUUUAAAUGAUUUACAAUGUAAUAUACUUCAAAUACGUUCAAAUAAUGGUGUUGACUAUUCCAAAAUUGAGAAACAAAUUGAAUGCUAUAAAGGAAUUGAGAAAGUUGGAAAAUUCAUUGAAAUAAUUGGAAAUAAAUAG